UGAUUUAUUUGUAAUAACUUUUUAUGUUAUCUACAUACAUAUAGCAACUGUUAGUGCAAAUAUUUUUAGCGUCGCUGUAGUACAACUUAUUUCCGAUAAAGUUUUUUUUUCAGUCUUGGUCUUAUGGUUUACCGCCAUAUGUAUGUCAACAGGAUUUUUUUUAGAAAAAAGACCAUUGAAUAUUAUCGUCUAAAUAUUUAUCACACGGCCACAACACGUCAUUAUGCAAACAAAGAGUGAAAAACCAAAUUUCAAUUCAAAAUAUUGAAAUCAUGAGCAUUAAUUUGAAAAAAAAAACACACAUUUAGUCGCAUGGAACUGAUUUUUUAUUUGCCUAAUAUUUAGCUUUUCAGCGGUCGCUCUCAUCUCACGCUACUUCAUAAGCGCCGCUGAGCUGAAGCGAUCGGCUCGUGUGUGACAACCACAACGCAUAUAUCUCGCAAGCGAUUCAGUUCACAUUUGCCCUGCUGCCAGAAUGUUUUCUGUGGCAUUUAGUAUUUAUAUACAUUUUACACGGAUAGCAUUGUUCAUUGGGAUAAGCGAAUUAUUGUGGAAAAAAGUUGUUUGAAAUAAAAACCAAAAAUAAUUUAAAAAAUAAUUUAAAAAUAUCAAAAGCUAUUUUUUUUAAUUUCAAAAUUUGCAUUAUUUGAAAAAAAAAAAAUUUUUUGUGCUGCCAAAUACUUAAAAAUUGUAAAAAACAAUCUGUUUACUUUAUUGCGCACUUUCGAAAGAGAAUUCGCACAAAAUUUGUUUAUUAAAUAAGUAGUUGUUUGGUGAACAAUACAAGCUGGCAUUCGAAGAUCGCGGUGUUUGGCGAAAAUCUCGCCGCAAACUGAACAAUAUGCUUGGCGCAGUUAUACCAAGCGUUGGUAAAAUGAAAGGCAAUUCCGCCGUAGAUUUGUCAGAAACUGAGCAAAUUGUCAAAGAGGAAACGGAACAAUACGAGGAGAAAUCGAAAACAUUAAAACCAAAAGUAAAGAACUGCGACAAUAGCAACAAUGCUUAUGUUAGCGCCAGCAACGGUUGCAGUGCAGUUGGUGAGAAAAAAGAGAUGAUAGAUAUAGAGAACGCGCUUCGAUUGCGUCAAUAUGCAAUCGAUGAGUUAAUAACCACCGAAAAGUCAUAUAUUGAGGACUUGAAGAGUAUUGUCGAUGAUUAUUUAGCCGAGGUGCUGGAUCCCAAAAGUGAUAUACCCAAACCCGACGAUUUGAAGGGCGGCAAAGAGCGCAUGGUUUUUGGCAACAUUGAAGCUAUCUAUGAGUGGCAUAAGAAAUCCUUUUUGGAGGCAUUAGUGCGCUGCCGCAAUUCACCCGCCGAUCUGGGCGCCCUUAUCGAAGAUUAUCUUCACAAAUUCGAUAUGUAUAAAAAAUAUUUUCAAAACAAGCCGUUAUCGGAUCACAUUGUGACCACGCACCUACCGUAUUUUGACAAAAUCAGACAGAAUCUAGGUAGCCGCCUGGAUCUCAACGAUUUGCUCAUAAAACCAGUGCAGCGAUUGCCGAAAUAUGUGCUGUUAUUCAAAGAGAUUGCCAAAUAUGCCCGCGCCGCUGGGCGUGAUGCCGAAGUGGUUGGCGUCGAGAAAGCUAUGCGCGUUAUGGGUAUGAUUUGUAAGGCUGCUAAUGAAGUGAUGGAAUUGCAUCGUUUACAAAAAUUCGAGGGUGAAAUCACUGAGCAAGGAGAACUUCUAUUGCAUGACAAACUCUACUGCAUUGAGGUUGAAAAGGCUGAUCGCAAUGCUUAUAUAUUGCAGAGACCGCGUGAACUUUAUGUUUUCCUUUUCAAGCAGAGCAUAAUUUUCGCGGAUAUCGAUGGCAAAAAGCUGCAAUGCAGUAGUCCAACAUACACCUAUCGCUCGCAUAUACAGGUCAAUAAAAUGCAGUUAAAAGAAUUAGAAAACAAUCGUUUUCAGCUCAAAUCGACCGAUCCAAAUAAAUCGGGCUUGAAAAUAAUUUGCUACGCGUCCACCGUGGAGUUGACCAACGAGUGGCUACGCAUCCUACGCAAUAUACUGCAGUCACUGCAGGAUUUCCGGCAGGCCAUAACCAAUCCAAUCGAAUAUCAACACCAGCAGCAACAACGGCAUUAAAAUUCGACAAGAAAACAAAAAGAAACCCAACAAAAACAAGAAUUACAACAAAACAGCAAUUAUGUAUGUAUGUACUAUGUACAAUUAUUUGCCAAAAUGCAUUUCAUAAAAACUUCAACAAAGUUAUAACUAUAGCAUUUUUAAAUUAUAAUAUUUUAUAUAAUCACGGUCAUAACACACACACGCACAACAAACCCCACUCAUUUGCUGGAUUUAAAUUAUAAGAAAAGAGCUUAGAUAAUAUGUCUCAAAGCAGAAAACAUCUAUUAAAGUGUUUAUCGCAAACAACA